AUGCCGAUAUCUGUUGACAAGCCCUGCCAGCAUUGGACCACGCUGGCCAAGCUCCCUCGUCUUCGUCAAGAGCAUAGUACCGUCUCCGUUGAUGAUAACACUAUUGCUGUCAUUGGUGGUGCCACGCCCAUUGGAAAUGCAUCCCUCUUCACCGUCUUCACAACCGUCGACUGGCCGCACCUCUAUGACAUCCCUCCCAACAGCUGGCGCACUGGGGCUCCAUCCCCAUACCGUGUAAACCAUCCUAACGUCGCCACAAAAAAUGGUUCGAUCUACCUCCUUGGUGGUCUCGUCGAUGCUUCAGAUCCUCCCAAGCCUUUGCCUGAAUGGGUUGCUUCGGGGGAGUCCCAUGUAUAUGAUUCGCAGACCGACACGUGGACUCAACUUGAGUCUAUGCCUCCCGGGACUGAACGGGGAAGUGCCAUUUUGGGUGUUCAUCACGAGCUUAUCUACGUCGCUGGAGGCAUGACCAUCCUGGAUGGCGCGUACCAGGACGCUGUCACUACGGUUACCGCCUUCAACACCACGUCUGGCAAAUGGGAACGCCUCGUCGAUGUAGCAGCCAAUAUUCCUGAGGGUCGACAACAUGCAGCUGGCGCCAUCGUGGAUGAGACCUUGUACAUCACUGGGGGCCGAUGGUUCGAGAAGACCAAUGUCCGGGACGAUGUCUUCAUGCUCGACCUCAACAACUUGACUGCCGGUUGGAAAACUGGCAAGACACACAUGCCAACUGCUCGUGGAGGCAUUUCAGGGGCAGCUGUUGGGGCGAAGCUCUACACUUUUGGCGGUGAGACGAACCAACAUGCGGCGACGGGCGUAUUUGACAACGUGGAGGUGUUUGACAAGUGGGAGGAGUUGACGCCUAUGCAGGUGCCUCGUCACGGAACAAGCGCCGCUACAGUUGGAAACAAGAUUUACAUUCCGGGAGGUGGUCUUCAGCAGGAUGGCCUGAUGAUCAUGGUUGACGGUGUUGGACAUUUUCUCAACACGACUGAUCACUUUGAGGUUCUUACCCUCUAG